UCCAGCAGAUUCCCGUGAAUGAACUCAUGUUGAUGGGAAGGCGCCACACACAAUGACCCUGUUAGUCAGAGCUUCUAUCUUACUCAGAUUCACAGUUCAUACAAUCACAAUCCGGCCCUUGUGUGCCGCUCGUGUCCGAGCCGGAGUGAUUCACAGUUUUGUUAUUUUGCUGAAAGCGUGUCUCCGUGAUGAAUGUGUGUUGCAGCAUCCCGGGAUCGGCCGUCUGCGCGUAUGACAUGGUGGAGAUCGCGGCGGCCUUCACCAGACGCUUCAAAGAGCAGAAGUCGUCCGAUUCCACCUGGACCCCCAUCCCCGAGGAGAAGGUGCCCAGACCCAGGCCAGGCGUCUGCGCAGGAUCUUCCUCUGGAGAGAAAUUCAAAGUGUCCAACGAGUUCCCGGAUGAAACGCUGAACUUCAUCAAGCUUCACCCGCUGAUGGACGAGGCCGUUCCUUCCAUCGCCAAUCGGCCGUGGUCAAGACGAUGGUCCGGUGAGUCGAGUCGGGUCAGAGGUCCUUCUAAGACGUGA